GCUUCAUGGCCUAGUUACAAUUUUCAUGAUCUUAUCGCUGUAGUGAACUUAUUGGCUAAAAGUAUGUUUUAAAAUAUAAAACCGUGAAUAAGACGUCCUGAAAAAUGUCUACCGUUCUUCUAGCUGUUGUGGCUGUUAUAUUAUGCGUACUAUUUCGUAUACUGAAUGUUAACAGCCAGUCACAGAAACCCGUAAUUUACGGAAGGGAUAGAAGUUUUAUUGAAAAUAUCUUAUUUGUUUCACCCUUCCUUUACGAACCCUACAUCCCAACCCGUUUGUGGGGCUUCAGUGGCCAUGUGCAAACCAUCCUGCACAGUCUCAUCGGCCGGGUCCGCUGUCCCUGGCCAAUCGGUGCUCGGAUAUCCCUAGUGCUACCCGAUAAAUCAACGCUCACCUAUGAUCUGUAUGAACCAAUGGGAUCUGAACAUGAAGACGACGUGACAGUAGCAAUAUGCCCUGGCAUCGGCAACACCUCAGAAAGCGUGUACAUCCGAACCUACGUCCACUACUCGCAGUGGCACGGCUAUCGCUGCGCCGUGCUCAACCACAUAGGCGCGCUCAACAGCGUGCCCGUUACCGGCGCUCGAAUAUUCUCAUACGGUCACACCGACGACUACGCUUACAUGAUAGACAACCUGACGGAGCGCUAUCCUAACACUAAGCUAAUUCUAGUCGGAUUCAGCCUCGGCGGCAAUUUGAUCACCAAAUACUUGGGCGAGGAGCGCACCAGGCCCUCCUGCAUCAUAGGAGGCAUCUCAAUAUGCCAGGGAUACAACGCCAUUGACACUCUAGUGUACCUCCUCCAAUGGCAAAACUUCCGUCGCUUCUACCUCUACGUGAUGACUGACAACUAUCGCAACAUCAUCACGCGGCACAAGCGCAACCUGCUCAGCCCCGACCUGAAGAGCAAAUACGGCCUCGAUGAGAACACUAUUGUGUCUGCUGGUACCCUGCCGGACUUAGACGAGGCCUAUUCUAGAAAAGUGCACGAAUUCGAGUCCGUGGCGGAACUUUACAAGUGGAGUUCAUCGGCCUUCUACUUACAUAACAUUAAGACCCCGAUGGUUUUCGUCAACGCGCGCGACGACCCCAUAGUACCUGAACCGCUCUUACCUCUCAUCAGAGAGUUUGCUAGUUCCCACGACAAAACAAUGUUCCUGGAGCUCGCCCACGGCGGGCACCUCGGCUUCUACGAGGGCGGGCUCGUCUACGCCAACCCCGUCACGUGGCUCGACCGCGCGCUGGUCGGGCUCGCCGGCGGCCUGCUCAUGGCGCACAACAAGUGCUCCUCCAUGGAGUCCAUCUCCGACCCCGUCUCAGACGAGGAACCCGACCUCAUCAAGUCGGCCACCAUCGUCUAUAGAGACCCUUUGGACAAAACGCCCAUCAAAACAUAGACCAUAUUUGCCUCAGGUUUUACAUGUGUUUGACGACGCGCCAGCUAUCAAAUGUUUGAGGCGCGCUUGUGGAAAGCUUUUUGAAGGUAUUUACUGUCUUAGGUUAGGAUAAGUUGCCAUGGACCAAGUAAACAGAAAAGUUUUUAGCAGGUCUAGAAUAAAUAAAUGUUGCGGCUGCCAGGCAGGCAAGCACGGUUGCGCGAUAAACGAUAUAACGUCAUCAGGCCGUCCUUUUCACACGAUUUGUAAGUGCGAUAGGGGCGCACCGAUGCGGUAAAGUUUAUCCAACUAGUGUGCUACGCCCGUGGAACAAUAGUAGAACAGUAGGAAGAAAUCUGCAGGCACUGACUCACUGUAAGAUUAGAUGAUCUCACAGCAGACUGUAGUACUCACUCUACAAACCACUAUACCUAUCAUGUAUGAAGGUUUUACAAAACUAUCUCUACCCGAAUAUAAUUUAUGUAUAAAAAUACUGUUUCCUUGGUCCAUGGAAUUUUGUACGCUACGUCCGUGCAAUAGGUACAGGGAUGAAACCUGACAUUAGGGUAGUUCUGCCAGCGUUUCAAUCCGAUUUCAGUUGCUAGUCGCAUAAUAAAAUUAAACAUGUCCUGUUUUUCCGGCUAACCUUUUUGCCACUGAUAUUCCAACCUAUAGUCUGUCUAAACUAACUCUACCACCAUUUGGAUAUAACCAAAUUAAUGAGUGUUAUUAUAAAGAUCAAGUUUUUGUACGACUAUAAUGAUGAGGCUGAUGUGGUGUAGGCGAGAGGCUGGCAACGUGUCAAUGCAAUGCCACAGUUUCGUUUUCUUUUAACCCCUUAUUUGCCAAGAGUGGCCCUGAAGCUUUAGUAGUUUCGUGUGCUCUGCCUACCCCUUUAUGGGAUACAGGCGUGAUUGUAUGUAUGUAUGUAUAAUGAUAAGACUUUGGUAUUGCAAAUGGCUUGCAGAGUUAGAUUGGUUCGACUCAACACGAUAAUGAUUAAUAAUGCGACCAGAAAACUAAAAGAGGUUGAAACCCUGCCAGAACGACGUAAUAAUAACCAAAUAACCACAUAGAAAUUACUAAAAUUAAAACGAGUCGAAUGAAAUUGUGAGUGUGAUACGUGUACCAGUUAUCGUCAAGUAUUGAUAAAUUCCAUGUUAUGGCAUUUCGCUGAAUAAUCUCAAAUAACCCAUUCCAUACAAAUCGAACUGCAGCGGUUAGCUUGGUUUUCAAUAUUGUGAUAUUUUAUAUUUAGAUGUAGAAGAAAUUUGCAAUUAUAUUAUUGAAGUGAAGGAAAAAUUGAUGCGAUUUUUUAUACAUAGAUAUAGUUUCAAAUAAAAUGUGGUGUGCAAUGCAAUGAUUUAUAUUUAUGUUGAGUGUUAGUAUUUUCUAAAUGUUUAAAAAUAUGCACAACUGUAUUUGCACUAGGUACUUAUGAAAGAUAUGUUUUAUUGCUUAUUUUAAACGAUGAGUUUAAUUUUCCGAGUAGAUUUAGAAUUACUUUUAAAUCGCUUCAAAUUAGACUCAAUGUAUAGCAUUUCUUAUAGUCACCAAACUCAAAUUGAUUUUAUAUUGUAAAUUUUUUUAACUUUUGACAUAUUAACAGUUUAUAGUAUGUAAAGGUAAAGCACAAAUACUACAAAGCGUUAAUUUAUUUCACAACUAUCGCGUUAACCAUCUUUAUUCAAACCGAAGAGUGCAAAUAAUUUGUAAGAAAACUGGAAGUUGUGAACUAAAUUACUAUGCGGUGUAGCAUUUCAUUCAGGGACGGAUUCUGUACCAGGAUCGCCGAAAUGUGUAUUUAUUUAUUGUAUGUAUUAUUGUUUACAUUCACAAAAUACUUAAUGGUCGAUCACGGAGGUUUGCGAGAAUGUGUAAUUUAAGGAGAAAGGUCUCAAAAAUGGUCGGUGUCUGGUAUCCUCGUAAGACCCACCAUAGUUUUCGUAUUUUGAAUGUGAACCUUGUUCUACAUAUAAAUAAAUUGGUAUUUCGUUUGUUUCAAAACGCUAUGAAAUGCUACUUUAUUUGGUUCAUGAAAGAUUCAAAUUAGAGUGUAACAACUAUGGAUGAAUGGGACGUAGGGACUGCCCAAUGCAUGCAAUGCUUCAUCUGCAAUAUGGUCGAAUUUCUAUUGGAAUUUUAGAUUGAAACAUUAACCUUGAAGUGGACCACAUAUGACUUCUGCGUGGCUAAACUAUUAUUAUUUAUUAUUGAGUAUUCAAAUUUAAGCCAGUCUUUAAUUCGGCCUUGAUUUUUUCUAGAGGUUAGUAUGUGUUCUUAUCAGUGUCAUUUAAAAUAUAUUGCUAGAUAUGUACUAGUUAUUUUAUAGCUGGGUGUUUCGAAUGUGUGUUAUUGUUAUGUCUUGCCAGUGUAAGAAGGAUGAAGUAGCAAUUUCGCAUUCCUUAUUAAUGGCAGCAGUGAGACUGUUGUCAUUAAUAAAGUUAUACUUAAAAUAUUAACUCUAAACAAUAAUUAGGUGACCGGCAUCAGAAGUCAUCGAUAUGGAAUCCAAAAGUAUUUGUUGAACUUUUGUCAACUCAUGUGCAAAUGUCGGACACAUAGCUCACCUUUCUGAUUUUGGCUACGAGUCAAUAAAAACUGCCUUAAACAUAAAAUAUGACCUCGAAAUUUUUGCGCUCCUGGUUGCUUCCUAAAGGAACACGGGUUUGCUAUCGUAAAUUGCGGAAUAUGCCUUUGACUUUUACGUCCGGUUUUAUGAUAUUUUGUUUGUGAUACCAACUAUUUCCAUCUGAUCUCAAAAGCCAAGGGUCGAUAGAUUUUUAGUAUGUGAUGUGAAACAUCGACAAUAGAAGACAUACCAACUUUAGAAUGGCUAGUUUAUGUAUGGCACGAUACUUGGAUUAUAUAAAGUACAAUAUUGAGCUGUGUUUAUGCAAUAUUUUAGUUUGGUUUUCUAAAGUAAAAGCCGAGGAAGUAAAAUGAUUAUUAUCUACCUAUAACGAAAAAUGUAGUGUUAGGAUAUUCGGGCAUUGAAAUUGUGGUUCUAAGGCUUCCUACUUUAGAAAAUUGUACUGAUACAUAAUAAUAUAUUGAAACAAAUAUGUAUGUAGGUGUAAUUGUUUCCUUUUUCAAUAAAUAUGAGUGUCUUAAAUGAUUGAAAAUCAAAAAAUUCUUCGUAUAGAAAAGCUUGCUGGUGCUUUCAUGAAACAAUACGUCGUUUACAAAAAUGAUUGUAUAUUUGUAAUGUUGUUAAAGUUUUAAUGAAGAAUAUCGGCAACAAUAUUUAUUGUUUUCUUUUUAUUAAUGUAGAGGACCUACUAGGGCCGAUUAAUUCAUCAAAUUAUGUUGGUACUUCUUAUUGCCUUAGGGAAAACCUAAGGUCAUAACAACGUGUCUGAGAAUUCUGAGCUUGAUUUUGAAAUUGUCGGCCUUUGUAGAAUAUACCUUGUGUUAUGUAAAAUUGUUAGGUACUGAGCUAGUCUCCCUAGAAGCAUAAAUGCUAAGAUUAAGCAUCAAAAAACUAAAUGUAUUGGAGAAUGUCUCCAUUAAAUAUAUGGGAGCGGCGAAGGCGCUCACAAAUAUCUGUACACGCCUCUAUUUUCAAGGCAUUACAGUGUGUUCAUAUAUUAAUUAACACUUCGGCAGCUCCGAUAUUUCUGACGGCAUCUGUACGAGUCAGGUAUACAAUACAUAUCUACUUGGGAAUUGAUUGGAAUAGGCAACUUGUUUACAGACAAACCUAAAGCGUUUAAAUAAUUAUGAAUAAAAACCGUUCAUAUUGAGAUUUUAAUGUCUACGCUAGAAGACACAUCCCGUGGAAAAAGUACAAUAUCAAUAUUUGUGGCUAUUCAUCACAGUAGGGUCCCUAUGCUGCAAGAGCAAUAUAAGCAUAAUUUUUCAGCUGUAAUCGGAACUUAUUGCAGAUAGGUAGAGCAUAAUCAAAUAAGGACCUUUCUGUGAUUGCAAGCCACUUUUCUAUAUGAGCACAUUAGCACAGAAAAAGACCAGUAAUAAAUGUAAUAACUACUAUUGUUUGUUAGAAGAGUUACUACUGGUCUUAUACUGACAUAAGUUAUUUUAUUAUAUUUAUGAAAGGCAUCUCUAUAUCGCUAAUUAUCAUUAUCUUGUUGCCUAAAAGUGUAGGUUUUUUAUAAUUAUGACAUGCACAAUAAUUGUUUAGAUUUUGCCUUCUACGUUGUAAUUGAUGGAGCUUACUGUGUUCAGCCACGAAAGUGGUUAGUAACAAUUGUUUAUUUAUUUGUGAGUUUUGAAUGUGAAUAUUAAAACAGUAUUAUAAAACAAUACGAA